UUCCCCAAGAUAGAUAGAUCGCUUCGCUAGCUAGCUUCGGUGAACUUUUCAUGGUUUUUCUUGCCGUUUGGGCGAAUUUCGCCGCUUGAUUUGGUGUGUCGGCGGCGAUCCUUCCCAGAUCAGAGAAAAAUUUCUGGGAUAAGUGGGUCAUCUCUGGAUUUGUUUAUGUUGUGGUCGCAAGGCCUCCUCGUUGUUAAAUUUUUUUGCUGUGAACUGCAGGUUUUGCUUUCCUGGAGCUUACCCCCUUUAUUUCCAAUGCUUAGCGCUUUUAGGCGAUGUGCGAAUUAUAGUGCCGUCCAGUGAUUAUUUCUUCAGUUGGCAGCAGCAGCAGCAAGCCGAAAAUAUGCAGGCUAUCUUCAUUCUAUACUGUUUGAGUAUACUUCCAUAUUGAACUUGUGUGUGACCUGUGAUGAUAUAGCGCUUUACUUUAUAAAUUGGAAUUGCUCUGCUUUAGCAGAUUGACAAUUUAGCCAAUAUCUAAAGAGCCCAAGUUUGUCUUACUCUGCAUUAGCAGAUUGACAAUUUAGCCGCGGUUAACACAUUUCAUAAUCUGUUAAAAACGGAUGUAUUGAAUCAAAACACUUGAUGAAAAAUAAAAUGGUGCUCUUCAGAAUUGUUCUGUGUGGAAAUUUGCUUUGAUGUUUCUAAAUUGAGUGUUGGAUCAUUUAAGUCUCUCAAUCCUACUAGAUGUCGAUUAUAUCUGCACCAGUCUUUAAAUGGAUUUGCAAGCACUCUUAAGUCUGAACUGCGUAUAUCAUUGGCUUUUUUGCUCUUAUAUACUCGCACAUAAACAUCAGUGACAGUUUAACCUAGAUCUAGGACAUCUAGCUAGAGUACUCAUGUAAAAUCACUGCAAAUUUCUGUUACAGAACAGUUGAGGAAUGGCUGAUGAGGAUGUUCAGCCUAUCGUGUGUGACAACGGCACUGGCAUGGUCAAGGCAGGUUUUGCCGGUGACGAUGCACCAAGAGCUGUCUUUCCAAGCAUUGUCGGCAGACCACGCCAUACUGGUGUGAUGGUUGGUAUGGGCCAAAAAGAUGCCUAUGUGGGUGAUGAAGCUCAAGCAAAGAGAGGUAUCUUGACAUUAAAGUACCCCAUCGAACAUGGCAUUGUCAACAACUGGGAUGACAUGGAGAAAAUAUGGCAUCACACAUUCUACAAUGAGCUCCGUGUUGCACCUGAAGAUCAUCCUGUAUUGCUAACUGAGGCCCCUCUGAAUCCCAAGGCCAACAGAGAAAAGAUGACCCAGAUAAUGUUUGAAACCUUCAAUUGCCCAGCAAUGUAUGUCGCAAUCCAGGCCGUUCUAUCCUUGUAUGCCAGCGGUCGAACAACUGGUAUUGUGCUUGACUCUGGUGAUGGUGUGAGCCACACUGUCCCAAUAUAUGAGGGCUACACACUUCCUCAUGCUAUCCUUCGUCUGGACCUUGCUGGCCGUGACCUAACUGACAACCUCAUGAAGAUCCUUACAGAGAGAGGGUACUCCCUCACAACAACUGCCGAGCGGGAAAUUGUCAGAGACAUAAAGGAGAAGCUUGCUUACGUUGCCCUUGAUUAUGAACAGGAGCUGGAAACGUCUAAGAGCAGCUCCUCUGUUGAGAAGAGCUAUGAGAUGCCCGAUGGACAGGUUAUCACUAUUGGAUCAGAAAGGUUCAGGUGUCCUGAAGUGCUGUUCCAGCCAUCUCUUGUUGGUAUGGAAGCUCCUGGUAUUCAUGAAGCUACUUACAACUCCAUCAUGAAGUGUGAUGUCGAUAUUAGAAAAGAUUUGUACGGUAAUGUUGUCCUCAGUGGAGGUUCAACCAUGUUUCCUGGAAUUGCUGAUCGCAUGAGCAAGGAGAUCACGGCCCUUGCUCCUAGCAGUAUGAAGGUUAAAGUUAUCGCGCCACCUGAAAGGAAAUACAGUGUUUGGAUUGGUGGCUCUAUCUUGGCCUCUCUUAGCACUUUCCAGCAGAUGUGGAUCGCCAAGGCAGAGUACGAUGAAUCUGGUCCCGGCAUUGUCCACAUGAAGUGCUUCUAAGCUCGCGGGGAAGGUUGUAGCUGUACUUAUGGUUGCUGCCAUAUGUUUGUUGAGACAUGUUUACAACGGAGGCUUGCUUCCCGGCUAUGUAGUACUGUACUAGUACAUGGUUGGAUAUACUUGUCAAAAUGUUUAAUAGUCUGUUAAUUACUGCAUUGUAUGGUCGUAAUGGUAUACCUGAAGGAAAAAUAAAAGGACAAUAAAAUAAACAUGUUUUGUUCGUUUAGGACAAUAGAAACUGUAGAGUGGCCUUGGUAUUGCAGGCCGUAUAAAGCAACGAAAUGGAACAUAAUAGAUGUACUCAGUAUU